CCUACCCUCAAACCUCGUUGUGUUUCUUUGAACUUCAACAUCCCAUUCUUUACUUGUGAUAGUCUUGGAGGUGGUGCAUAUGGCCGCCUUGUUCUUUGGCGCCCUUUUUGGGCUUGCUAUGAUCCUCUUUGGAUAUAAGCUGUUCUUCGGAUCCCAGCCGUGGGUACGAGGGAAGGAGAAGCUCGGUCUCACGUCACGACCGUUAGUUACAGAGAAGGCAACUCCCCGACAGCUCCAGAUCGAGCCCUUGAAAUCAUUCGACUGGGAGAAAAUGGCGCCUUUGAAGUUUCGGCCGUUCAAGCCCAUUUACUUCAUCACCAUGGCCCUGCAGUCAAAUGCGCCAUCCGACCUUAUUAUUAUCGAUAGUAAUUACAAAGAUCGGGUGCUGGAACGUCGGGACACAAUGAGGAUCCACGAAUCGACAGUAAUGGGCGCAACGCCACCGGGAUGCGAUGCCGUCCAAGAGCUGUAUUCCUUUCUCGUGGGAGAUUAUCUUCCCGCAAGAUACCCGACUAUGUUCACCUUGAGCGAGAACAGCGGCACAAUGCUGAACCAUGUCACUAAAAAGGCCGUUCCAACUCGGCCACCCGGAGAUCCACUGGCCUCAUUCAGGCUACUGGGUGAGACUGUGGAGGACGACAUGUUUCUCCUACAAGAGACGAGCGAUGGCCAUCGAUUGGUCGCUUUUCUGUGCUGUUUUCCCUCAGGUUUCGAUCCAUCCUCGAAGCUAGGCAAGGUAUUGAAGGAUAUCCAUGAGCCAGUCCCCUCUUACGAGAAGAUUGGUCCGUCCAUGGAACGGCUUUUCAGUCGCCUUGAAGUAGGGAAGAGCGUCAAGCGAGUCAAUUGGUCCGUGGCGACGGAACCAAAGCUCUUUACCCCGCAAGGACACCACAUCUACCGCGAACAGCCGUUCGAAGAGAACGAAGAUGUUGAUAUUGAAUCUUCUCGUGUUCGGAUAGAACUGCAGACCUUGACACGACUUCCCAAAACCCGAGCAAUCCUCUUUUCAUUCAAGACGUAUUUAUAUCCAGUGGCAGACAUCAAAAAGGAGGGCCUGGGACCGCAACUUGCCGACGCCAUAGAAGGAUUGAAGUCGGGUAACGCACCUGGUAUGUCCGUGUACAAGGGUGCCGUUCGUUGGGGCAAGAGUGUCUGCGAAUAUCUGAGGUCAUAGGCCUGUUCGCCCCUCCCCCCGCCAGAUUGACCCAGCCAGUCCGAACUAGAGCCCGCAUUUGGCACAGCAAGAUUGUGGAUUAUACCUGUACUAGUCUUGUCAAGGCGAAUGCUCGGUAGGGUAUCAGCGUUAAAAUAUACUAAAGUUGGGCACUAAUAUCCGCCUCGCCCAUCAUGAUUCCAACGGACGGCAAAACCAGUCCAACUAUCAGACAACAUUAUUACUCUUAUGCGCGCAGUUAUGCCCAUGCGCCGCCUCCUUAGCAGCAGCCUCCCACCG